ACAAAGCUCUCAAUAAGGCUGCUAAGAGUCUGAACAAUGGAAGGUGAAUGCAAGGUAGCGCUGGAUGCUGCUGUCCACAUAGGAGCUAGGAAACACACAACGCAGAGUGUUAAACCCAGCUCAAAGCUAACCACAGCCGUGUUGGCGUUCACAUUCUGUUUUGCUGCUGCGGCUGCUACUGCUCUCCUUGUUGUCAACCAGCAUACCAAGGGGACAGGACAAGCAGAGGACAAUGAUGAUCUUCGUCACACAUUGAGGCAAAUUUCCAACAUAAGAGCUGCCAUUCAUCUAGAAGGUGAAUACAACCCUGACUACAAAUCUGAUGUGAAGACAUCAGUGGAAUGGAAAAAUCAGGUGGACCAGUCCCACUCUCAAGGAGGGCUGAAACUUGAAGAAAAUGAGAUUGUGAUCCCUCAAUCCGGCCUCUACUUUGUGUACAGCCAGGCAUCUUUCCGGGUCAGCUGCAGCAGCAGUGACUCCACCUCAAAGUCCAUGGUCCAUCUGAGCCAUACUGUGAAGCGUUGGUCCAACUCAUAUGGGAACGGUGACGCCACAAGUUCCUACCAGACCAUCCUGCACUCUGUCCGCACCGCCUGCCAAAAGACGGUCAGCCGUGAUCCGGAUGAGGAUGGGAGCUGGUACUCCACUGUGUACAUGGGCGCUGUGUUCAGCCUGAAUAAAGGCGACAAGCUGAAGACAGUGACAGAGGAGAAGAUCUUGCCCAAGCUGGAGGAUGAGCCAGGGAAGACCUUCUUUGGUGUGUUUGCCUUGUAAGGACAGGUGACUGAGGGCAACCGCCGCAAAUAUGAAUAUACACUAAACAGUCAUGCAAUGUUGACUUUACACCCAAACCGUAAAGACUGCAUCAGAAGGUCAUUACACAAGGCUGUGUAAACCAAGAAAAUAGCACCAUGUUAAGUGUAGAAAUGGAGAAAACAGUUCACAGUAAACUAAAAGUAAUGUGCUACCACAAAUAUCUCUAUGAGUCUGUAAUAUUGUGUACUAUGUACUAAAACCUUGUCAUAUGUCAGUACCUUUUGUUGUACUGCAGUGUAUUUGACAUUUGUUACUAUAACUGCUCACUACAGACUGACAGAAUGGUAAAUGGACUGUACUUGUAUAGCGCCUUUCUAGUCUUCCGACCACUCAAAGCGCUU